CAAGCGGCGGUCGGCGGUGUGUAAUCACGUUGGGACGAAACGACGAGAGGCGCACGCUCUAACGAGAGAGAAACGCGAUCGACUGCACCUCGAUGCGCGAUCUCUCGUUACGCACGUUGCGACCGCGUGGCUCUGAGUGACUUCGAUCUCCCGUCGGUUUGCCGCCGUCAAGCAGCGUCCGUGAGCGUCCGUACCGAGGCUCGGCGACCCACGUACGCGAGUACCCACGCACGCAAGCACGCACGCACGAACGGACGCACGGUGGUGAGGAUGGGCGACAAAGGUAGAGGAGAUGUCGCGUCGGGAUCACCGGCGACACCGGAGGACGCGGCCAAGGCGGAAUUAUACAAGGAGGAGGCGAACGAGUACUUUAAGAAUCAAGUGUACGACAAAGCUAUUGAAUUGUAUACCAAAGCCAUAGAAUUAAACCCAUUAGUAGCCGUGUACUUUGGCAACAGGAGUAUCGCUUAUUUGAGGACAGAAUGUUUUGGGUACGCAUUGACGGAUGCAUCCACAGCCAUUGAGUUAGAUAGAAAUUAUGUCAAGGGCUAUUACCGGAGAGCUGCCGCUUACAUGUCCCUUGGCAAGUUCAAACUGGCUCUCAUGGAUUAUAAGACUGUUGUAAAAGCUAGGCCCAAUGAUAAAGAUGCAAAGGACAGAUAUAUGGAAUGUCGCAAGAUGGUUAAAGUGUCAGCUUUUAAUAAAGCAAUCUCUGUCGAGGAUAAAAAGAAUAUAGCUGAUACGAUUAAUCUCGAAGAUAUGGCGAUUGAAGAUGAAUAUACAGGUCCUAAACUGGUUGAUGGAAAAGUCACCCUGGAAUUUAUGAAAGAUUUAUUAGAGUGGUAUAGAAAUCAAAAUAAGUUGCAUCGUAAAUACGCUUACAAAAUCCUGUUGGACGUUAAAUCGUGGUUUAUGGCACAACCUAGCUUAGUGGACAUUACAAUCCCAGAAGAAAAGAAAUUCACUAUCUGCGGUGACAUACAUGGUCAAUAUUAUGACCUGCUUAAUAUAUUUAAGUUGAACGGAUUGCCAUCAGAGACUAAUCCAUAUUUAUUCAAUGGAGAUUUUGUAGAUAGAGGUUCUUUCUCAGUAGAAUGCAUUUUUACUUUAUUUGGUUUUAAAUUAUUAUACCCCGAUUACUUUUUCAUGUCGAGAGGUAAUCAUGAAUCGGCAACUAUGAAUCAAAUGUAUGGAUUUGAUGGCGAAGUCAAAGCUAAAUAUUCUGUUCAGAUGGCUGAAUUAUUUACAGAGGUUUAUAAUUGGCUCCCUCUUGCACACUGUCUCAAUCGUAGAGUGCUCGUCAUGCAUGGUGGAUUGUUUUCGCGGGACGACGUGACGUUGCAAGAAAUCAAAGAAAUCGAUAGAAACAGACAACCACCUGACGAAGGAUUGAUGUGCGAACUGCUGUGGUCGGAUCCGCAACCACAAAUGGGUCGAGCGCCCAGCAAGAGAGGCGUGGGUGUUCAAUUCGGACCUGACGUAACGCAAAAUUUCCUUAGGAUAAAUUCGCUUGACUACGUCGUGAGGAGUCACGAAGUUAAAAACGAAGGAUAUGAGGUGGGACAUGAUGGGAAAUGUAUCACAGUAUUCUCCGCUCCAAAUUACUGUGAUACUAUGGGUAACCGAGGUGCCUUUAUCACCCUUAACGGCAGUGACAUGAAACCUUAUUUCACGUCGUAUGAUGCAAUGCCUCAUCCAAACGUAAGGCCGAUGGCUUACGCCAAUUCUUUAUUAAAGUUUAUGUGCUAGUGGAACAUCUCUUAGGUAUUAUUGAAAAAAAGGAAUUAAUAAUAACUGAAAUAUAAGUAGUCCAAUCAAAGUGUGCGUAAUAUAUUUGAUACUGAAAUGGGGACGGUAAGAGACUUUAGGAUUCUCCCCAACAAUAAUUAUUAUAUUCUUUCUAGGAAGAUCACAAUGAAUUUCCUAUAUUAUAAAAUGUAUGCAGCGUGAAUGCAUAUAAUAUUGAUGGGUACAAAAGCGAAAAAGGUUUGCUUACUUUUACAACAGGCAAACAAAUCUAUCAGACGUUUCUUAUCUAUGAUAAGAAAGCACACGGCUCAUCAAAUACUAGCGAUUUGUGUUCGUUUGUAAUAAAAUGGCGCGAAGAGAACGUUUCUAUUUUGUACCCUCAAUCUAUCGCCACCUUGCUCGUUAAAGAUACGUACAAAAAAAAAAAAAAAUUAAGAAUUUUGAUCUCUAUGAUUCCACUGAAAUUUGAACUGUAAUCUAUUUAUA